CUUUAUUCAGCCGGAUAUUGUUUUCUUGCAAACUUUUUUUUCCCCCAAUAAAUUCUUCUUAUCGCAUUCUUGAGAUAGAUAUUUUAACGUAUCUAUGCGACGAUAAACUUAAAAUACAUACCACGAGCUAUACCGAAUUUCUGAAACGAUAUCGAAUUGUGAUAAACGAAUGUUAUAUCAGAGUUAGAAAUGUAUAUACAUCAGCGAGAAUUUAAGCACAUAUAUCUAUCUGAAAAAUACAUGGUAUCUAUUGUUUAAAAUUCACCAACAUAUUCAAUACAAUAUAUUAGAAUUCAUUCGCAAUUAUUCCGACCGGCACUUUAUCCGGCAUUAAGAUUAGAUAUAUCAAUCUUCCUCUUAGUAUAUCUUUAUCUAUGACAUUCAUCGGAUUAUAUAUAAUAAAACGUUUUUAUUAAAAUAUCUUGUAUUUUGGAAUAAUACGAGUCAUUCGACUGAUUUUUCCAUAUACAACUACCCUUCGUAGCUAUUAGGGCAUGUGAAAGUUGCUGAAAAACUCUAGAAAACUUUCGUCGUAUUUUAUCGUAAUACGAAUUCAUUCUGCUCUUACGCGUACGUACGUUACAUAUGUCGUAAUAAAUAUAGAGACAGAAGAAAUUCUGCUUAAUUUUGAUUAUUCCAGGUAAUUAGAAAAUAAAUGUUGAACUGUCCUAUCUUAGCAUUUUUCUCGCUAUACGCGUUGAAGUAUUUGAAAAUUCUGCUAUCUUUUACAGGUUGUUACGAGACGAUGGCUAAAUAUUUGAAAAAAUAUUAGCGUGAAAAAAGAACAACGAUUAGAAAAGAAGAUCUGUAAAGGUUCAUUUUUCUUCGCUUUCGAAGACGAUGAUCGUUUGGAAAUUGUUUGAGAAAACACGAACGAUCUAAGAUCACGAUAUAUUUGUUUCGACUUGUUAACACCCUUGGUCUUUGAAAUAUUGAAAAAUCAUUCUCCAAUCAUUGCACGCGUAUGAUAUAAGAAAGUCGUGACAUCGUUGGUAGGAAACCCGUUCGCGGUCAGCUUACUUGUCGAUAGCCGAUAGCGAGCGAUUAAACCUAUUCUGUUGUGUGUUGAUAACGAUAGCUAAGUAUUUAUCGGCAGUGGCACCCCACGAUUGGAUUAUUGUCUCAUCGACGAGUGAAUACGUGUUCUUUGCGGGUUUAUAUGCGUCAUGAUCGCGGACGUUGAUUCUCCGUUAAAGUGUCAGAAUCAACGAAUAACGUUUUGUCGUCGGGCAAGGUGACGGAAGGAAGUUUCUGGUUACAAUAAACGAUCGUUUCACAGAGUAAUUUCUGCGAGAAUUAAAAAUGGGCAAUUCUAAUCAGAAGAUGAAACGGAAGUUACGGGGGAAAGGGAACAGGAAGCGUGGCAGCAACGACAACUUUCAAAGUAGCGGGAACUCGACUACAAAAAGCGACGAAUACAACGAUCCGGAAUUGAUCAUUUUAAGGAAAUCUAUCGAAAGGAAUCCCGAGAUGUUCGUAUUGAACAAUCUCAUGAUGUGCGUCCAAUUCUUUGGAAAUUACGAAGAAGAAAUCAAGCGCGUGAAGGAAACUAUGGCAUCGUCGCGCGAGAUGCAAAUGAACAAGCGUUUGCCUCCUCAAAAGCACGUGCUGCUUCCAGACAUUCUUCAGGAGCACAUCGCUCGUCACCUCGGUUUCACUUCCAUGCGACAAUCCUAUAUACCAACCAUCGAACCUUUGCAGCCGGUUCGAAUUUACAUGGUUCACGAUAACAUCGACAUCAUAGAAGAAGGUUAUUCGUCACACUAUAGUAACGUGAACGAUACAACUGUAUAUAACAUAUUGUUGAAACCAACGAACCAACAAGGUUUUGUGCAACUGCAGGUUCUCGACAACUUUAUAGAGUCGAGGAAAGCAACGAGAGAAGACGACGUGGACCUAACAUCGAUAGCAGAGAACGACGACGAACUAUACAGCGAUGGUAGCAUUUACAGUCCAAAAUCUCGAUCAAAUUUAUCUGUCCACUCAGUCAGUUCUAGCAAAUCUAAACUAGAGAUGGUUAAAAACUCUAACUUCAAGCAUACGAGAUCUUUGCCCAAUCUGUGCGACGAGGAAGUCGGGAAUGGAAGCUUUUUACAUUCCAAUCGUAGUAGGAAAAUUGCAGAGGAACCUGAUUACGACAAUGGGUCCUCCGAUGCGGAGGAAAGAAAACGUUCGAACAAGAGACCACAGACGAAGGAGGAAUUACCGAACCGAGGGAGUCGUCGAUGGGAGAAACAAGUGCCGCGACAAAAGAUCCAAGGACCUAACAGUCAAGAUCCCACGAGCAGCAACAGUUCUGGAUAUCGAUCCGACAAUUACGCAUAUAGCAGCGAUAGCAGUUGCAAUCCGAGUCGGAACUCUAAAUUCUCUCAGAGCUCUAGUUACGACGAGCUGGACGAAUGUUGGAUAACGAACGGAGAGUUUCCGCGUCGUUGUUUCAAGAAAAUCACGUAUAUGGCCGAUGGGAAUCUCUACGAUCCGAAAACAGAGAAGUUGCAAAAGCUGGAUCAUAAGCAACGAAGAAUUAAAAUGGCCUUGAGCCGGUACAACUAUAAUUUGUUUUAUAUAAGCAGCACUGAGUUUAUGAAACACUUUAUGAAAAUGUUUCUACAUCGGUUGGGAGAGUCGUUGAAUUUUGAUCAGGAAUCCGUGGACGAUACCAAACGAGAAGGGUGCGUGCUCUAUUGUGACAAGAUCAUGAUCGGCGAAACCUUGAAGCACAGUAAAGUGGAACAAUACGAGAUUAUUCCUGCCAUUUGGUUGGAAUGGCCUAUCUGCGCUCAAGAAUGGCUGGUGAGGACACGACAUACCUGGCCAAAUAACAGCGACGUGGGCAAGGUUAAAGACUUUGGAUGCUACGUCGUUCCGGAAGGCUUCGUGCCGAGGGAUAGAAAUAGCAAUCUCAUCGAGGAUCUGCAAUGGCAGCUCACGUUCCCGGCAGCCGAAAGAUACCUUGAAACCUGCAUGACACAGGCCCAAAUACAAGUGUAUUUGAUCGCUCUGAUGCUUCACAAGACUUUCCUCAGACCUAUUUUUGAUACUAUGUUCGGUCUAACCACUGCCCAUAUCAGGCACAAAUUAUUCUGGAUGAUCGAAGAGAACGCGAACCCAUCGAAAUGGCCAGAUAGUAGAUUGGGAGAGUGUUUGUUAAUGCUUCUGAAUUCUCUGUAUUACAACAUUAGUCAAAACGAACCUAAGCUUAACGAUUACUUCAUCAAAAGUAGGAAUCUCUUUCAAAGGAUACCCUGUGAACAUUUGCUGCACACGCAGAAGCAAUUGAAACGCAUCACAGAGAAUCCGAUAAUGUACGUUUUUCAUGCAAUGGAAAACAUUCGCUACAGUAACGAUUUCUUCCCGAGGUUGGACUACGAGAUGUUACUGAAGAUAUUGACGGCUGACACGUUGACGUUGGUUAAUCCGAAACUGACUCAACACGUUCCGGUUUCGAUGUAUCAAACGUACGAGGAUCCUACCGAGCAAAAUACAUACGAUAUGAAAAGCUUUUGGGAGACGGCGAGGAAACAAGGACACAAACCAUCCAUCAAUUUGGUCACCAAUAAGUCGUUGAUUGUUCCUCGCAAGGCCACCGACUCUAUCAUCGAAAUCGCUACACGUUGCGCUGACUUGGAGGGACCAAGGUUGUGCAUUCUUUUAGGCUUCUUCAUACGGCAUUUCAUUCAAAUCGCCGAACGAUGUAACCAGUACCAAGCACAUAGACAGAAAAAGAUGUACCUUGAUCACGCGGACAGGCUAUCCAUAUUGCUUUUCGAGCGUCAAAGAUAUACGGAAGAUGCGAUAGCUUAUCGCGACAAGAUCAAAGAUGUCAGGAAGAAAGUAGCUGUUUCGGAACCAGGAAACCAACCGCCAGAUACUCCGGAGAGAAAUCCAAAGAAACCCAUAUACGUUGGAUCGUUGAACAAUCGUUUCACGCAAGAAUCAAAUUCGUCGAAUCAAGUUCGCCAGAAAACCAUUGAACCAAUUCCUAGGCUGAGCGUGAAAUUGCCGCAAAAACAAGUUAAUGUUCAAGAUGUUAAAGUAAUCGUUCAUGAAAGGCAUUACGAAGAACCGAACGAAUUAAAUUUAGAAGUUACGAUUGAUAAGGUGGCCGCUCAAAGUUCAAUAAGCGAAAAUCAUGUGUCAAAAUUGGAAACCGAUGAACCAAACAAACCGAUUCUUCGUAUCCAAAAACUAUCAGGAAGUGAAUCCACGUACAUUUAGAAGCGAACAUGCACAACUAAUUCCUUCGUUACCUAAUAAAUUUUUCAACCUUUUGCAAGUAAUCUGUAAUUUAUUGUUAUUUAAUGUUAUUUAUACUUACAGAUGAUUGGACGCGAUUCUUAAUUGCUUAUCUAGAAAAAUUAAUCGCUUAAGUAGAAUUCCAUUUGUCUGGACUAAUUGGAGGACGGAAAGUUUACUUAGGGUAUCCCAGGUUUCUUUGAACCAAAUGGUGUUAGUGUAUUGUAUAAGUACAACUAUAACAAAUAAACGAACCUCUCGUUUGUUAAACUGAUCAGCUACACUUUUUCUCAAUUUCUCGAUUUCAUUACAUAAGUACACACGAUUAACGAUUCAAUUCUCAAGAGACAGUUCACUUAUUCUCAUAAAUUUAUUCGUAGCAACAUAAUUGCACAAACAAUAGUAAAUUCUAAAGUGACUCUUAUAAUUAGGAUUUGCAAUAUCAUCGCUUACCAUUUUAUAUGAUGUAUUUUUAUUUCUAUCCACAGAGUAAGGUAGCUACGUUUUGUGAUGAAGAACCUGGGACACACUUUGUAAUUAGAGUUCACCAAUUUUCCCCACUGCCUAUUCGUCUUACUUGUUACAUUAUGAUUGAUUACGUCCAGAUUAAUGGAUUCAAUCGGCGACUUGUUUAACACUUACGCUGCUAUCUUUUAUGCAUAUGUUGCGCCCAUCAAUCGUCUCGGUAAUAUUACUAACGCAACUAUGUAGUUUUAGUCUUCAUUAGAUAUUGUAAUAUCGCGCGACGAUACUACUUAGUCAUUUAUAUAUUUCUGACCGUGAUUCAUUCAAAUAAUCUGGAAGUUACAUCUGAUAGAAUUUUCAUAUUUGCAGAAGAGAAAUUCAAUUUUAGUAACAGCGAAAGUGUUAAUCAAAUAUUAACUAAAAUUCCUAUCUAAUAAAGAGAUUUCUAUUAUAGCAGGACAAAUGUGAUAAAAUGACAUUUAAUAUAUUCGCUGAUGCUUAAAUAUAGCUGUUCCAAUUUUGGAAUUACAGCUUUUUGUCAUUAGGAAUGACUGUCUUUUAACCUUAGAAUAGUAUUCGUUUGAUUAUAGAUUAUUAUAAUGUUUUGUAUAAGUUUUGUAUAAGAUUAGUAGCAAAUUUACACGAAGUUAAAAAUUUCCAAGUUAAGUAAUCUAACUAUUUGAAUUCUUACAGUUCUCAGCGGUUCAACGAUAUCAGAUAAGAGAUAAUUAAUAAUGUAGAUCAAUGCGGAAUGAUGUAGAUCAUAUCUAUCGUUUCCUUUUGUAUAUUUCUCAGUUAUCUCGUCAACACGCGACAGUUGCGUUAAAGGCAUUAGAAUUAAACGAUUAAAGCGACGCAACGUAUGCAUUAAUUGUAACGAAAGUAUCGAACUAUUAGCGCUUAGUAUUAAAUUAAGUUUUAGGAAAUUCUUUUAAGUCAACCUUAACACACGUUCGUAUGAAUUGUAACUGUAAAUAUUUAAAUAUAUAUUUUAAGUUUCUAAUAGAGAAA